AUGAAUUAUGGAACCCAGGAGUUACAUCGAAACCGUGGUCCCAAGGCCUUGUCGUUCCUUAGUCUGACUGCCCAUGAUUUGAUCUAUGCCGCUCGGACAGGCAAGGGUGUUACCAAAAGCGGCACGUAUCAAGGUCUCGCAUUCAGCCAUUCAGAGUCAAUGAUUCUUUGCGACUGGGAAAAGAAGAAAAGCGCCAAAGCUGCUUCCCACGAGGUUCUGGAUUCUUUUACCAAAGGCCAGCAGGAAUAUUUGCACGACGUUCACUUUCACAGAUUACUAAAGAAACUAGACACGAGUGAGCGCACUACAACCACUUGGAAUCUCUCGGCAUGGGUCGAGGAGGCCCAGUGGGAUAUUUUGACCAACCUUUUAUUUGGACAAGAUGUACCAAAGCCUAUGAGAGGUAAUGUCUUACUACCACCGGAGUUGGUCCAACAUCUGGUGAACUCCGUUUCCGUUCUGGGAAGUCGCAUCGGAUUUGCCAACCCCUUCUUUAAUAUCCGCCACUACGAAGAGACGGGCAACAAUCAUGCAACUGAGACCGCAGAAUCAAAUGCGGCGAAAGAUUUGCGAAGAAGAGACCAAGUGUCGUGGCAACGUAUCGAUAGGCGCCUGGCAGCAUUAGGAACAGGAACCAUGAACCUGUCAAAAUCGGGACUAAUCACGAACCUCACCAUGAUAGCUACUGUUGGAAACGAGACAACGCCCAUGGCCGUAAAUGCAGUGGUUUAUUCGAUUCUCCGCGAACCAGUCCAUUUCCAUCACUUGCGCGAAGAGAUUCACCAACACUUUACAAAGUUCGAGGAUAUAACAGACGAAAAACUCCAGAAGCUUCCAUAUUUGAAUGCUUGCAUCAAAGAGAGCUUGAGGUUGUUCCCUCCAAUCACUGGGACAAUCAUGCAGCGGGUGUCAACAGGCACCGUGAUCGAUGGUGUAUAUGUUCCACCUGAUGGUCGAGAUCGAGGUGUACUUGUGGAGAAGUACUUGCCUCAUGCGAUCCUAGCAAAUGACAUCAGCGGUAUUGUCGAGAAGAUAGGACCAGACGUCCAAAAGUUCUCCAUUGGAGAUCGCAUCGUUGGGCAGUCUAAUAUCCUGUCGGGUGGUCCUGACCAAGCUGGCUUGCAGCAGUUCUGCAUCCUCGACGCGAACUUUGCUGCUCCCAUACCACACCAUAUUAGCUUUGACCAGGCAGCGACAUUCCCCGUCAAUGCCAUUGCGAGUUUUAUCGCCCUAUUCAGUUCGUCGGGAUUGGAUUUAGCACCAAAGUUCCUAGGCCACGAUUUGGACUACGUGAAUGAAGCGAUUGUCAUAAUUGGAGGUGGCUCAAAUAGUGGGAAAUUUGCCCUUCAGUUCGCUCGUCUCGCAGGCUUUGGAAAGAUUAUUACAACAGCCAAGAUCCGCAGCGAUGGGGGCCAAUCACUCCGUGACUUUGGUGCUACUCAUAUCAUAGAUCGGGAGGCAGCGGAUGUGGAAGAUCAGAUCCGUGCGAUGGUUGGCGAUGAAUUGUUGUACGCCUUUGACACGGUCAACGGUGCUUCUUCAGGUGGUGUCAGCCACCGACUGGCGCUCUCGCUUCUGUCGACUACGAAGAAAGGGUCUUUGGCAACAUUGGUGCGUGGAGAGGCUGAUCCUGUAAUUGCAGCUACAAAGACCGCUGGUUUCAAGAAAAACCAAGUUCUCGGAGUUAGUGACCUGCACCAAGAGCUGGCUGCCAAGUUCUGGAGGGAGUUGCCAGGUUGGAUCGAAAAUGGCGAGCUGAAGCCGUUAGACUUUGAAGUUAUUAACGGACUUGAUGCGAUGAAAGUCAACAACCUGCUGGACGACUACCGUGAUGGUAGAGCGGUAACGAAGACUCAUGUGCAUCCCGAUGAUAGGGACUCCAUUUUCGAAUGA